GUCCCAGUAGCCCAGCUAGCUUAAAUUCUUUUAAUCUUAUGUUGGGAGAUGUGUUUACCAGUCUCAGAGUGCAUCAUAGCUGAAACACAGCUUUGAAAAUAACUUAAAGUUGGACUAAAAUGUUUUUGUCAAAUAGCUUUGAGGUGAAAAACCCAAAAAGGCAAUCUAAAGUUUUGGAAAGGCACAUAGUUGAAUGAUGAAUUCAUUAAGGUCAGGGAACAAGAACAAAGCAGCCCAAUUAUCAUUGGGUGGUAUGAUAAUUUUCUUGUUAGGGUUGGUUGAUGACCAAAGGUGAUGAUUAAUUCCUUGUACCCAUUUCUGCCCUCAGUCUCCUGAUAUAAAAAACUAUUGAUGAGUGAGUAUGCACCUUGAAGAUUUAAAGUAGAGCUGACUGAUUCUUUUUCAUAUAUGAAAGUUUAGAUUUGUGAUCCCUUUAAGAUUCCUUAUAAGAUUACCUUUCAAGAUAAGUAAAAAAGUGAUUGGACUUUUCUCUGUGACUGCAAAACAUAACCUGCCAGUAAAAGAACUAACUGAGAAGAAUACCCUGCUUGCUUACACUGUUAAUCUGUAACAAGUUGCUUGGUUAUGAAUGUACAUGGGUUCUUAGGGAUAAUUUGUUUCUCAUCCAUAAUACAUAAAAUAUUUAAUCAUGUAAAACAUACUUUUUUUUACUUGUAUUCAUUGUAAUCAUUCACUUGAAAAACAAAAUGUAACCACACUGUAAUUUUUAUAUUGCUUGAUAGAUUUUGCUCAGGUAUAUAAGCUGUAAGGGAAAAAAUAGAGAGAAUGAGAAGGAAAACAUCAAGAAUGAGAAAAUUAAGAGGAAAACAUCAAGAGAGACAGAAGGGACACUUCCUGAUAAGAAUAGAGAAGAGAAUGCAAAAGAAGAAUAAAGAAAAUGUCUGAAGGAAACCAUCAAAAGAGUGUGUGAGUGUCUUUCCCCUUACCCCCUCAUAAAGAAAGUCAUAGCAUGCUGACUAUGGAUUCCCUUUGAGCCCUGCGCUGCUGGAGGCUGGUCCCAGGCAGGGAAAACCAAACAGAGGUGGGGGGAUAUUCUUAGCAACCUUUUGAGAUAUCAUUGAAGGCAGCCAAAAAUAAUGGCAGCUAAUGAGAAAAUAAAAAGCAACUGUCUCUUGUGAAGUCCAAAUACACACUUUCUGUGUGCUCUACCCUGCUCUGAGUACCUCUGUCUCCAAUGCUUGAGUCUACAGAGAGUUUCUUCCUAAUAAAAUCAAGCUCUGCCUCACAUUGGCUCACACUGAAUUUCUUGUCUUCAGCAAACUCAUCCCAUCCUCACUCAUGAAGAAGUCUGUGAAAGAACUCCACAGGCUGCUGCAAGAAGCAGUGUGUCUCUCACCCACACCCCACUGCUCCUGACAACGCAGUGGGGUAUCUCAACACUAUGCCAUCAUACACUCCUUUUGAUUCAGUGUCAUCCUUUUUGAAGUAUAUAAAUAAUAAACUGCCUGCUGUUAAGGUGCGUUCAUAUGUAAUGAGACUGAGAAGGAAAAAGAGACAUUGUCUUCAUGUCUGGUGAGGGACCCAUGCUCCUGUAUAUAACCCCUCACAUACAUUACUGUAAGCAAACCUAGUAUAACUCACUGGGUUACACACAAAAAAAGGACAUGAAAAUAGAAGGGGAAAGAGAACAAUGGGAGGAGAAGGAGAACAAGAAAAGGUAAUAGAGGAUGAAUAUGAUUAAAAUACAUUGCACACAUAUGUGAACAUGUCAUACUGGAACUCAAUGUACUAACUAAUACAUGAUAAUAAAAAGUAUUUUUAAACCUAAGUACUUCAUUUGUGUAAACUGUACCUGAAUUUUGACAGAGAGAUAAGAAAUAAAAUACAAUACUUGGUUAUUGAAAGGGUUGAAACGAGACUUAAGAGAAAUAAAUGGGACACCCGAGAGGACACCAUAGAUAAAAUAAUGCCAUUAUGCCCCCUAGUGACACAAAGGAGAGUGUGACAUUUUCAACAUGGAAUAUUCUAAUGGAAUGCAGACCUCCAUCCUCUCUGUUCUUAACAUCAUUGUCAACAGUGGCUAAUUAAUCAUCAGUGGGCAGAGGCCCCAGAGUCCUGGCAGAACUAAUGAGCACGUGUCCCUGUGGGAUGGGAGUCCCAGGGAUCCCUCCUUUCUAUUUCCAGUGCUAGCGAAAGAAAAGGUAACUUUUUGACUUUGGCAGAAUAUUGGUGGUAAGAUGCAGUGAGUGACUGAUCCUGGAAGCAGUCUCCUUUGGUUCAAGUCUCAGCUCAGAUUAUAUUGUCCUGACUAAAUUACUUAACCUGUCUGUGUUUCCAUCUCUUCAUCGGAAAUCAAAGGCAAAACAUGUUAGUCAUAUCCAGGCAAUGCCAUUGUUGCAAAGCACUUUGGAAGUUCAGAGUGGCGUUCCCAUCCACACCACUGCUGAGUCCUGAGGCCAGUGCUUUCCAGGGAGCACAGCCAUCAGUUUGCUCUGUUUUCAUGCUGUGACGAUCAAGUGGAGGCUUCAUUCAGACCAGAAGCUCCUCAUCAUAGGGAAGCCUUGGCUGCCCAGGGGUGAGAAGAUUCGACCUGACCGUGGUAAGUCCUGGGAUUUUUCUCCUUCUACAGUCCAUCAAAAUCUCCCAUGUCUUUAAGAGUGGAGGCACCUCUGGCACACAUUGUAUUGUCCUGAACAAAUUAUUUGACCUCUCAGUGUUUCUCUUCAUCUGUAAACAAAGGUAGAAUACAGUCAUUGUAUCUGAGUUACACAAUUGAUGCAGAAUGCUUGAGUACCUGAUAGGAAGUCAAACAGGGUUCAGAAUCCAGGACUGGCCUUAUUGGCUGUGUAGUGUUGGGCAAGUUGGUUCAAUGUUCUGGACUGUAAAGGGAGAAUAAGGUUAAUGAUUAUUCUAGAAAUAUAGCAUGGGGCCAGAUAUGCAGAAAGCUCCCAGCAGAUGGUAACAGCGUUGAGAUGUGAACACCAUCAAGAGCAGAUAUGGCAAGCCAUUCCCUGUAACCUUUUAGUGCAUGGCUAGGUCUUUAGUGAUCAGAAAAGAAAAAGAACACAUUUAUGAAAAUGAAAAUAACUGGAAGACUGUCAAGUUUGAGUUUUGGUGGUGUCUCAGAAUUAGAAGAUCAGGUAAAAGGGUAAUGUUUUGUAAUAGCACACACACACUCACACUCACACACACACAUACAAAAAAAACACCAGACAGUCAAAGGAUGAUGAACAUUGACAUUGAACAUUGAAGAGCUUGAAAAUAAUAAACACAAAAUGAUCAGUAGAGUUGCUGUGGGAUAUCUUUCUGUAUGCUGUGAAUAUAUGUUGCUCUCAUUGGUUGAUAAAUAAAGUUGUUUGGCCAAUGGCAAGGCAGAAUAAGGUUAGGCAGUACAUUCAAACUGAAGACAGAGAGGAAGAAUGGUGGAGUCCGGCAGAAGCUGAGGGCCACCACCAGGAAGGAGAAGCAAGAUAUGAGAGAACAGGUAAUGUCAUGAAGCCAUGUGGCAAAACAUAGAUUAAUAGAAAUGGGUUGAAUUAAGUUAUAAUAACUAGUUAAUAAUGAGCCUGAGCCAUAGGCCAUACAGUUUGUAAUUAAUAUAAGUCUCUGGGUGUUUACUUGGGACCACCAUGGGACUGGGCAGGACAGGGUGAAACAUAGGAAAACUUCCAGCUACAGAAAGUAAGAAAGCCAGGGAUGCAGGAAGGGUAUUGAAGAGUCCACAGCUGAGUAAGAACUGCUUUUUAGUAACACAAGAAUGUAGUGCUAUAAAACAACAUAGGAGAACUUAUUAUAAAUAAUCCAAAUAAGAGCUGUUGCCUCUUAAGAGGUAGGAAGUGAGUGUGAUCAGGAGAGGCAUGCAAAGGGCUUUUAAGACUUAAACAGCCUUUUGCAGAAAUUAUUAACAAUAAAGUAUUUAAAAUUCAUGUUGGGGCCUCUUCCCUAAGAGAGAUUAAUGUGGGAGGAAGAGAAGGGAGGAGAUUCAGUUAAGCUGGAGGAGGAAAGAUGGCACAAAUUUUUUUUUCCUUUGAGACAGGUUCUCUCUAUGUAGACCUGGCUGUCCUGGAACUCGCUAGAAAGACCAGGCUGGCCUUGAACUCACAGAGAUAUUCCUGCCUCUGCCUCUGGAGUUCUGGGAUUUAAGGCAUGCACCACCACACCCAGCUGGCACAGAGCUUCUAACACACAAGGGACCUGUGAGGACACACAGCCCAACCAUCCCCUCUGCGGGUCCCACCCAUCAGCCUGCAGGGACCCUGCCCCUAAGCUGUCACAGUGGCGUCACUGCCUGCCACUUUCAAGGCCCAGAUCUCCUCUCUUUCACAGCAGUAGCAUCAGCUCCUGCAGGAUGCAACACUGUUCUCUACAGCUCUGCCUCUCCCCAGACUCAGUAAUUUACUUCAUGGCUUUCGGUUAUGGGUUCUUCUGUGGAUGUUGAAUGUCCUGCUGGGUUUUUCAAAGUCAUGAGACCACUCACCUUUCCAGCCUAUGAGCUCUGACACAUGGUCUGUUCAUAUUGUUCAAUAUUUGAAGGAGUUCCUUAGCUUAGUGACUUAAUGUGGGCUGCUACAGUAAACUGGUGAACUAAAAAUGGUAUGUGAAUUUUGACUUGAUCCUAUGCAAAAAGCAAUCCUAUUGGCCUGGGUUUUUUUUGUUGUUGUUGUUUUUGGGUUUUGUUGUUGUUGUUGUUGUUGUUGUUGUUUUAACUGAACACAAGCUAGGGUUAUAUAGGAAGAGGAACCUCAGUUAAGAAAAUGCCACCAUCAUCUUGUUCUAGCCAAGUCUAUAUGACAUUUUCUUGAUUAAUGAUGGAAAGGCAUACCCUACUGUGGGAGGUGGUUCUGGAUUGUAUAAGAAAGCAAGUAUAACAAGCCAUGGAAAGCAAGUCAGUAAGUAGCACUCCCCCAUGGUCUCUUCUUCAUUUCCUGCCCUGACUUCUCUCAGUGAUGAAGUAUAAUCUGAGAGCUGUAAACUGAAAUAAACGAUUUCCUUCCCAAGUUGCUUUUGGCCAUGGUGUCUUAUCACAGCAAUAGAAACCCUAACAAAGGCACCUCUGAAGGUAUUGGAACAAUGGACAACUUUGGAAUAUAAGGUGGUCGUGAGGCAACAGUACUAUAUCCAUUAUAAUUUCUUUGAAUUCGGGGCUGGAGAGGUGUCUCAGCAGUUAAGAACACUGGUCGCUCUUCCAGAGAACCUGAGUUCAAUUCCCAGCAACCACAUGUUGUCUCACAACCAUCUAUAAUGGGUUCUGAUGCUCUCUUCUGGCAUAAAAUUGUACGUGCAGAUAGAGCACUCAUAUACAUAAAAUAAAAUAAUAAAUCUUUAAAAAAACUAAAAAAUAAAUUCUUUGAAUUCACUUCCUGUACAAAGUUUAUUUCAGAGACCACAUUAUUGUAGCCAAUGCACAACAAAAUAUGAAGGCAGAAAGGAGCUUGAUGCCAUCAACUUGUUCUCAAUGACUCAGAAUAAAAAUGGUACUCUGGGAAUAUAGUAUAAGUGAGUAAAAAAAAAAAUUAAAUGGUGCAUCUUUUAAAAAGUUAUAUAGGAGACUUUAGAACCACUCUGGUAAAUUUUAUGAAUAUGUAACCUUGCUUCAAAACAAAAUAUUUGAAAAUGUAUCUGAAUGAUAUUAACUAAGAAUUAUGCAAAACCAAACUCUACUUUCGAUGUCCUAUAUUUCAACAUAAUGGUGCUGAGAUGGGGGAUCUCAAGUACAAGUCCAUUCAGGACUACAUAGUCAUUUUUAGAUCAGUCUCUGCAAUGUAGUAAUACCCUGUCUUUAAAAAGGAAAGGGAGGCAAGAAGGAGAGAGGAAGGGGGAGGGAAGGAGAGAUGGAAACAGGAAGAAGGGAGGGAGGGAACAGGGAAGGAGAAAGGAGUAAAUUUUACUUAAGGUACAAAAUUUUGCCUUAUACGGAAAGAAAAUAAUUCAAUAAACCUACUUCAGAUUUCAUUAGCAAACUACAUGGGGUUUUUUGGUCAUUGUUUUAUUUUGUGAGGCAGAGCUUCACUCGGUAGCCCAGGCUGUCUCAAACUCACAGGUCCUCCUACCAAAGCCAGACUGAUGCCAGAAAUGUAUUGUCUCUCUUUUUCUUUCAUUUUUAGAAAUUAUUUUUAUGGUUUUUAAUUAUGUGUGUCUGUGUCUGUGUCUGUGUAUGAGCAUGCACACAUGUGCACAGGUGACUGAGGAAGCCAGGGGAGUCAGAUCCCCUGGAACAGGAAGUCUGGUAGUUGUGAGUGGACCAACAUGAGUGGGGAACCCAAUUCAAAUUUUCUGUGAGAGUAGUUCAUGCUCUUAACCAUUUAGUCAUCUCUCCAGCCCCACAAUUCUAUGUUCUUGAGGAAUUAUGUCAUAUAGUACCAGGUGACAAUCAUUGUAGAUCUAACACGUUUUUCUUAAAUUUUUCCACAUACAUAUAUUAGAAAGUUGAGAUAAGGGUUUCUCACUUAAAGGGAAAAUAUUUGUUCCAAUUUUAUGAGUCAUAAAGAUUUUUUUAUUUAAUUUUAAUUUUAUUUUAUGUGUAUGGGUAUUUUGCCUGAAUGUAUGUAUGUAUGUAGGUAUGUAUGUAUGUAUGUAUGUCUUCUGGUAUAAUCUUCUGCAAACAUGCACUAAAUAGAACACAAAUGCUACAAGAAAGUAAGAUAAGUCCUUGCUAUUAUUUAUCAUCAGAUCAUUAAUCAGCCACACAAUUCAUUGUCAUUCCUAUCACACUGAAGAAACAACUUCAAAAGACCAAUGUUCAGAUCAUAAAAUAUGCUUAGCAAAUGUUUGUAGUGACAAUGAAAAUUCAUUAGUGAAUCCAUGUUUUUAAUUAGCCUCUUUUGCCCUUAACCAAACAAUCAGAGGCUCCAGUAUGAGGACCUACCUGUUCCUGGUUUCCUUGGGACCACCAAAAGCAGUAGGAGAAGACCAGGAGCAGUAGGAGAACAUAAGGAGCUGCUGGGUCAGGUGCCCAAGAAAGCAAGGGCAGAAAUGUCCAAAUAGCAGAACUUCAUGACAUAUCAAAUUGUGAUGAUGGGAGAGCAACUUCAGCUGGAUUCAUAGCAGAAACGGGCCAUGGUCAACCACAGCUCCCCAGCGGGCUUCCUCCUGCUGGGCUUCUCUGAACACCCACACCUGGAAAAGAUUCUCUUUGUGGUUGUCUUGUGUUCCUACCUCCUCACACUCCUAGGAAACACACUCAUCCUCCUGCUGUCCACACUAGACCCCAGGCUCCACUCUCCAAUGUACUUCUUCCUCUCUAACCUCUCCUUCUUGGACCUCUGCUUCACCACAACCUGUGUGCCCCAGAUGCUGGUCAACCUCUGGGGACCCACAAAGACCAUCAGCUUCCUGGGAUGCUCUGUCCAGCUCUUCAUCUUCCUGUCCUUGGGCACCACCGAGUGCAUCCUCCUGACAGUGAUGGCCUUUGACCGCUAUGUGGCAGUCUGCCAGCCCCUGCACUAUGCCACCAUCAUCCACCCCCGCCUGUGCUGGAAGCUGGCAGCUGUAGCCUGGAUGAUGGGGCUGCUCCAAUCCAUAAUCCAGACACCUCCCACCCUCCGCCUGCCCUUCUGUCCGCACAGGCAGAUAGAUGACUUUCUAUGUGAAGUUCCAUCUCUAAUUCGACUCUCCUGUGGGGACACUACUUUUAAUGAGAUUCAGUUGGCUGUGUCCAGUGUCAUCCUUGUGGUUGUACCUCUGAGCCUCAUCCUUGUCUCUUAUGGUGCUAUCACCAGGGCAGUGCUGAGGAUAAACUCUGCUGAAGCAUGGAAAAAGGCUUUUGGGACCUGCUCCUCCCACCUCAUCGUGGUCACCCUCUUCUACAGCUCAGUCAUUGCUGUCUAUCUGCAGCCUAAAAAUCCCUAUGCCCAAGAGAGGGGCAAGUUUUUUGGUCUCUUCUAUGCAGUGGGAACUCCCACACUCAACCCUCUCAUUUAUACCCUGAGGAACAAGGAGGUAAAAAGGGCAUUAUGGAGGCUGUUAGGAAAAAAUGGGGACUCCAAAAAUACCUAGAAGAGAAAUACUUAUGGCAGGAGGAUUGCUAGGCCAGCUUGGUAGACACAUUAAGAUCUUUUGAACAAUACUGGGAAGAAAUUGGUAAUUGGAGCAUGAAUGACUGGUGCAUACAACAGGUGAGAUGUGAAGGCAGCAAUGGGAACCUGAGUUACCUACUUAUGAGUCUUGCUUCAACUCUAGUUCUGCUCCUGUUACAUCAAGAUGUACUGCUACUAUACUGUAGUGAAGGAUGCUGUAACCAUAUGGUUUUCAGGUGGUUGACAGAACCCCACUAAUGGUAAGCAUUUAUAGCCUUGCAGACAUUAGAUAUCCCACAGCUUGGAGCCUUGUCUCUUACAGGGUUCAGUGAAUAGCAGCAGGUCUGAAACAUUUCCUAAUGGAUACUUUUCUUGCAACUGUAGGAUAACCUUGACCAAGAACUCUAGAGGCCAAGAAUUCCUUCCCACUAUUGAUACUUCAAUACUCCAGAGUAUGGUGGGUGAGAUGCGCAAAACAGCAAUGCACUGGGACAACAGCCCUUUCCUGCUUUGUGUUCUAGUCAGUCAUCAGUAAGUGGUUCUGUGAAGAAAGCUCAUCACUGAAAUUUGCUUCCCCUAUGGCCAAAGCAUUAGUAGUUUACUACCAGUGGUGUUAAAUGUGAACACAAGAAUUUGUCCUUACCCCGCCACACUAGUGGAAGACCAUGAACUGUAGACUAGUGGCUGUGGAGCCCCCAUGGGACUGGACUAGGCCCUCUGGAUAUGGAAGAUGGUUGUUUGGCUUGAACUGUUUGGGGGUAUCCAGGCAGGGGGAUUGGGAUCCAUCCCUGGUGCAUGAGCAGGCUUUUGGGAGCCCAGUGACUGUGGUGUGAUGCCUUGCACAGUCUUGGUGCAGUGGGAGGGUCUUGGACCUGCCUAGGCUCAGUGUGCUAGGCUCUGCUGACUCCCCAUGGGAAACCUUGAUUUGGGGGAUGUGGGGGGGCUAGAAAGGGAGGGCUGGAAGGUAAAAGGAGGGGGGAUCUGUGGGUGGUAUGUAGAGUGAGUAGAAAAUUUCUUAAUAAAAAAAAAAAAAAGGAUUUGUCCUUACUUUGAAGAGAUGUCAUGUCAGGGUCCAGACUACCAGACCUCUAACAGCUUCAAACAUUUGAGGAGCCCUAGAUCUUUAUGAGUUUUAUUUCCCACUCUCUGAACUAACUAUUAUAAAUGGCCCCAGUACACUUCCCCUCCUGGCUGACCCCGAUUAACCAAUACAAUUUCAAUUAAGCUGAUGAUUAAAUUUUCUGGAAUUCUACAAAACAGUUGUUAAGCUCAAUCAUGAUUAAAGAUUAAAUUAGAUGACUGUCAGUAGUAGCUAAUACUUUCAAAAUCCUGUGAAAAUACUCUAUGUGGCAAAUUUUACAAACAAGGGAAGAUCCUGAUACAAAACACUUUGUAUAAAAUUCUCAGAAAUUUCACAUCCUGAAGGAAAUGUUCUGAAAGCUAUAAAUAGGCUAUUUAUCAAUGAAUCUUAUUAAAAUAAGUCUUGGGCCAGGCAAUGAUGGUGCAUGCCUUUAAUCCCAGCACUUGGGAAGCAGAGGCAGGUGGAUUUCUGUGAGUUCGAGGCCAGCCUGGUCUACAGAGUGAGUUCCAGGACAGCCAGGACUGUUUCACAGAGAAACCCUGUCUCAAAAAAAAAAAAAAAGUCUUGGGCUGUUAUUUCUAAUUUCACUCUUAAAAAUAGAAGUAAAAUGUUUUAAACCUGUCUUCUUUAAGCAAUAGUAUAUAUUUUAGGUAAUGUGUAUUUAAAAUCAAAUUUAGGUUUUGGUACGUGUAUUUUUAAACUGGGUUGAAUCAAUGGAUGGAUUGAAAUGUCUUUUGAACAGUAGAGGAGCUGAUGUUUGUGUGGUUUUUAAACUAUUUUGAUUAAAAGAUCAUUAAAAAUAAGUUUCUGAAAAAUUUGGAAAUUUGUUAUUGGUUUCAUGUGAUAGGUUCAUGCUAUAUAGAUGUGUUCAUGUGUGUGUGUGCAUGCAUGCAUGCAUGCAUGUGUGUCUGCAUGUGUGUGGAGAACCUCUAGAAAAUGUUAUCUUUUGUGGAUUUAUAUGUUUAACAUUUCAAAUUUACUUUAUGUGUAUGUGUGACUACUUGAGGAUAUAUAUGCAAACCAUGUAUGUGCAGGAGUCCUCAGAGGCCAGAAGAAAGUGCUGGAUCCCCUGACACUGGAAUUAUCGGCAAUUGUGAGCUGCAGGGUGUGUUCUAGGAUCUGAACCCAGGUGCUCUGUAAGAACAAUAAGUACUCUUAACUACCAUCUCUCCAAUUCCCUAUAUUUUUUAAAUAUUGCAUGUGACUCCUCAUCAAUAUUUCUGAACACAUUUCUAGAACUUUCUUUAUUUCAGACAGUAUUUAGAUUAACAAAUGUUACCUUUUUCAUAUUCUGAAAAAUAUAUUCAAAAUACUCAUGAGAAAAUGAUCAUAAUCAAGUUCACAAAUCUGUCCAAUUUUUCUUUUCAUAGAUGGUCAUUAUUAUCAUGUGCCUACAACUAAUAUUCUCUUCCUCAUAUAAAUCUUGUCAUGUUUACAUUGUUACAACUCUCUUUUCAGUCCUCAUUUGUGCUUGUGCCUCAUGCUGUUUUACCAGAGAUCAUCACAAUCAUUCCUCUGUCCUAGAGGAGGAAAAGAAUUGUUAUGAGGUUGGGGAAAUGGCUCAGCAGUCAAAAGUAUUUGCUGCUCUUCCAGAGCAUUCAAGUUCUGUUUCCCAUACAUGAAUCAGGCAGCUCACAACCACCUGUAACUUGAGCCCCAGGAGAUCCUGAAUCCUCUUCUGGCCUCUGUAGGCAUCCCUCUUGCACAACAUACACAUAAAUUUAAAAAAAAAUAUUUUAAAAGAAUAGAAUUAUCUGACAGUGGUGGUGCAUGCCUUUAAUCCCAGGACUCAGGAGGCAGAGGCAGUCAGAUCUCUGUGAGUUCAAGGCCAGCCUGGUCUACAGAGCUAGUUCCAGGACAGCUAGGGCUGCUACACAGAGAAACCCUGUCUUGAAAAACACAAAACAAAACAAAAGAAUAGAAUUAUCAUAAUAAAUCUGUCCAAACAGCAUUAAAAAGUUAAUUUACACAAACUCAAACUGAAAUAAAUUGUAAUAAAAUAAAGAUAAUAAAUAUUUAAACUCAUGAUUUCCCAGUUGUUUUAUUUAUGCCCUGUGACUAUUUAUUUCCAUGACUUCUAGACAAUAAAAUAUUUUAUCAUGCACUGACAGCAGUGUGCAACUGUGCAUUUCUUUCCAAUUCUAUGUGGUUGUGACAUAUCAUAUCAACAGGUUUAUUUGUUCAUUUGUUUGUUUGGUUGGUUGGUUGGCUAUUUUUUUGAGACAAGAUCUCACGAUGUAGCCUUGCCUAUCCUGGAACUUGUUAUGUAGAUUAGUCUGACCUUGAACUCACAGAGAUCCAUCUGCCUCUGACUCCUGGGUGCUAGGAUUAAAGAUAUGCUCCACCAUAGCCCCACCAUAUUGACAGUUAAAAAUUGGCCACAGUGGAAAUAGUUACACUACAGACAUGCAUGCUGUGCACACCUUUAAUACCAGCAUUAGGAAGACUUGCAAAUUUCAUCCUUGGAUACAUAGGGAGACCCUAUAUAAACCAAGAAGGGAAGAAGGAUGGGACAGAGGAAAAGGGACAAACAGAAGGACAGACCAAGGGAAGAAGGCUAAGUUAAAAUACAGAAAUCAAUACAUGCUCUAUCUCAGGCUUGUUUGCCUGAAGGAAAAGACACUGUCAAUGUCUCGCUGGAAUAGAGUUAUGAAAGAGUUCUGAAACAAACUUGAAGCAAAGCUGUAGUGUGAACUUAAAUCCACAUCUGUAAAUCUAACUUGAGUCUGGUCCUUCUUCAUAAUAGCAUCUGAAAAGAGCCUAUUCAGUACUAUAAUGCAGAAAGACAGUAAUGCAGACCCAGACCCAAGCAUGAAAACCAGGCAUCACUACUACAGCUAGAGCUAGUCCUUAGUUUCCUUUGUAGGAUUCCAUCAUUUCUAAGAUACAUCUUGGCUUGGGGAUAAUUAGAAUAGUUAAUUGCAUGGCUGAAGGAAUAGGGUCAAUCAUCUUUUGUAUCCUGCUCAGUGUUUUUACAUUGUGAUAAUCUUUCGGGUUAUAAUACCAUUUUCUUGUCUCUGUAGAAGAAUGUAGAUUCAGGUUUUUAACACUGCUACAACUGUCACUCAACACACCAAAGAACCACUGUGGGAUUCUGCCAUCUACUAAAUAUACACAUUUGAGUUACAUAUUCUGAGUUCAAAACUGAGAUCCAAGUAUAGUCAUGCCCGUGAUACAUCCACCUUCAUUUGAACUAGGAUAAUGGAACCUGUAUUCCUAUAAUGAUGCUUGGUUUACAUUAGAUGAGGGGUAGACAAAUAUCCUAAGUCUUCUACAAAACUAAGAUUUGAUCAUCCUGUAUUAUUAGAGUAUGGGAUGUUUCAGAAGAAUUGAGCAGAAAGGGAAGAAUUUGAGAGAACUGAAAAGCAUAGUCCUAUAGGAUAAAUGAAAGAAUUAAGAGGAAUGUCUGGAUGCUUGUUACGAGAUACUUGAUCUCACUUUGAUACCCCAAGACAAUGUUAAUAAAGUUAACCUUGACUCAAUGGGCAAAGCUAGCCACUAGAUGAUCAAAAUUAGGCACAGAGAAGCCAGGAACACAGAUAGAAAAGACACACAGGAAGGAGUAGGGAGAGACUUAGAGAUUUUGUACUUCUUCAGUCUGUGAUGUGUGGAGAGAGAGGCACUUGCUGAGUCUUCCAUAAAAAAGGGAAGGUUAGCUGGUUACUCCUCCGCUUCUUUAAUAUAUCAGGUUUUCACUCCAAUAUCUGACUCCCAAGUCUUUCCUGGUAAGAGAACAACUUAGAUAAAAAACAACAUCAGGAGUCCAACAGAUGGAACUAGUUCAUAUGGUGGCUUCUGAAGCUGCCACUUCUCCCUACCACUCCUUGGGCAGCUUCUCCCACCACCACCACCCCAAGCCUUCCCCUUGUGUCACAGGCUUCGCCCAUUGAGGUCCCCCUACAUCCACCCCUGGGGUGGAUGCUGCAUGUACCUGCCUCACGACACCCAUUCAAUGCCCGCUUGGGCUUCUGCUGCUGCUAAUCCUCAACAAUACACACAGGACACUCCAAUGCUCUGUCAUCCAGAUGGACCCUGCACUGGUGCCCACCCACACCAUCACCACCUGCUUUGCCCUCAGUGCCCACGGUGUCAGCCUGGCUGCCUAGGUACACCGCCAUGCCUGCAUGACCCCCCCAUAUCACCUGUUGCCACUGUCACAGCCACCACUGCUGUGGACAAACUGAAAAGUCAACAGAUUUGAUAAGGCACUUGGGAAGGCCAAAGAAAAACAUUUCCCACAUUAAAAAUGGGAAAUAUCACAAUGCAGGGAGUUAGAACUCUCUACAGUGCAACAAUGGAUGGCUUGAAAAUGGAAAAAAAUAAAUGAAAUUAUAACCAACUUAGCUAGGAUUGACAUAAUGUUGAUUACAGUUUUUAUCAGUUUGGUAACUCAUAUUUUACCCUUUAAAAAGUAGUUUGAUAACUGUGCUAAAUAUGAAAAAUUGACUGAUAAAACACAAGCCUUAGAAAGACUUACUAUUGAUAAGAUACAAGCCUUAGAAAGACAUACUAAGGAAAAUAAGAAAAAUAUCCAUACACAGACAGGGAAAUUUAGACCAGAACCUACCACAUCACCACAUGAUGAAACCCAAGAGGGGUGGCCUAAGGCUAUUAGAAAACCAACCUUAGUAUAUCCAGUUACUAUACAAGAAUGACCAGCAGAUAGGUGCCCACAAGGUUAUGUAGAAGUUAAAUGGAAUCUUAUAGAAAUGUUAGAUUUGAGAUGUAAAGAAGCAGUCAUUUCAUAUGAUAAGCAUUCAUCCUGUGUGAAACAGAUGUUAAAUUCACAGGCAACCCAGAACAAAAUUAUUCCCCUAAGACUGGAAACAUUUAGCUACAGCAAUGUUGGAAGCUGAUCCUCAGUUACAAUGGACAGCAUGGUGGAAAGAAGCUAGGGCCAUAGAACAAUGAAAUAGGGCUUGAGGUAUUGAUAUUUCCCAAGAUCAGUUCCUCAGUAAAGGCCAAUAUGCUGAUUUGCAAAGACAGUCUGGAUUUGAUUAGCACAUUUUGGCCCUUCGUUGGUCAGCAGCUUUGAAUGCUUGGAACAAGGUUGAAGAAUCAGGAAAGAAGUCUGAGUCAUUUACUAAAAUUAUACAAGGCCCAAAAGAAGCAUUUCUGAUUUUUUAUAAAAAUUGGCUUCAGCUAUAAACAGAAUGUAUCAGAUCCAGAAGUCAGACAAAUACUAACUGAAUAUUUGGCUUUUGAAAAUGCUAAUUCAGAAUGUAAAAUGAUGAUUAGGCCUUUAAAGGCAAGAUCAGAACCCAUAGAUGAAUGGAUUAGAAAUACAGCUGAUAUUGAAUCUCAUGCUUAUGAUGCUGUUUUGAUAGGAAAAGUGAUUUCUAUUUUUUUUUUAAAUCAAAAUGUCAGAAGUUUUAAUUGUGGUAAACAAGGUCAUCUGAAAAGGGAUUGUAGGCAAGGCAUUCCUAGAAACACUGAUUUUUCUAAAGAUAGUGCAAACAGAAGCCCCAGCCUUCUGGAGCAGAAGGUGUGGCAAAAAGCUGGCACUCGGCUAAUGAAUACAGAUCAACAAUGGACAGGCAAGAUAACCCUUUGCCAUCGACAAAUGCCUUAGGGGGACUCUUACAGGUCCCAAUAUCAAAUUUGGUUCAAUCAUUCCCUGUCAGCAUGGGAGAAACUCAUCCACAAAAUAAAAGACUUAAUGCCUGUUUUAAAAACAUCCAUGCUCUGGAUGUGAUCAAGGACACAACAGCUUCAGUAGAUACAGCAAAAAUUCAGGAGAUUGCGCAGUGCUUUAUUAACUUCAAAUUUUUUAAAUGAUAAUGAGAAAGGAACGACAGCUGUACAGAGACACUGGACAAUACAAAAAUUGCUAAACUGAAUCAUCCUAUAUAUUUUAAGAAUGUGUUGGGCUCAAAAUGGAAACCAAGGUAUAUCUUAUGUUGGGAAAGAGGUUUUGCUUUUGUUUCCACAAGAAAAGAAAAGCUGUAGAUACCAUCAAGAUUGAUAAAGAUUAGAUUGGAACUGGAAAGACCUCUUGACUGGGAAAGGUAAUAGUUCAUUAAACAGCUUGGUCAUUCUAUCCAAACCAACUCAUAAGACUAACAAAUGCCUUUCAUUUGAUUAGAUAUAAAAGAAAAAAUCUUAUUAAAAGAUAAUACUGUUUCUGUUGCCAAAAAACAUUUUGUCUUAGCAAAGAUAUAACUUACUAAAAAAGGAAUUACCCAAAGUUAGGGGCAAGGUUUUGUGUUUGUCUUUCCAGGAAAAUAAAAGCAUCCAACCAAGGAAUCUAAAGACCACUAGACAAAUGAGACACUGGAAGGAUGAAUCAUCAAGAAAAAAAUGUACCUCCCCCCCAAAAAAAGUAAAUUGGCCUACUGGUAUAGCACACAUCCAACAGGGUAAAAUUUCAUCAAUCUCAAAUGUUUGUUUCUGCUGCUCUCUGCAGGCAAAUGGUCCAUCUGUGAUCCCAAUUUAAUUAAAAUUUUAAAGCUGGCUUUGGAGUUGGAGUGUGACUCUCUCCUUCUCUAAGCCCAUUCAUGCUUAUUAAAAGAAAACCCAAAAUCUGUCUCAUGUUAGAAGAGCUACCUGGUAUGGGACAGAAGAAAACAAAACUUAUGGGACUAUUCUAUUGCCAUUAAUCUCAUCAUUUUUUAGUUUCCAUAUGAUUCUUUAAAACUUCCUUAAGGUACAAAUAUUAUCUCAAAAUCUGUAAGAUUAUUAUAUAUAUUUAAGCUUUCUGUUGUGAUUUUAAUGGUCAUAUAGAGUUCUAGUUCUAAAAAUAAGCUUCAUCUAGCUUCCUGUAUGUGAUUUCAGGCUUGAGUCUAAGUCAUGUAACUAGGAACUAAGUGUGUGUACUCCGAAUGUAUUAACAGAUUGUGGUCCUUUAACCUCUCAGAGAUCUGCUGCAUACGACAUUUAAAAUGCUUAAGUUUUCUGCAGUGAACUGUGACCAUUCCUGGCAGUGACAUUUGAGGUCUCCAAGAUGAUGAGGCCCUACAAAGAAUCCGCCUGGAUUGUGGUAAUACCACUAAGCUGACAACCACCACCCAAAGAUCAACUUCAGACUACAAACUGCUCAAGACAACUUCAAAGUGGUUAGCUAAGGUGGUCCAGCCUCAGACUACUCCAGCCAGUUCUUCAGAUAAGCUCUGCACUUUCCCAUCACAUUGAGACUGGACAACUGCUAGCUCUCCCAGGACUUGACCAUUAUCUCAAUUUUCUCAGGGUCCCCUAAAAAUGCUGUUACUCACAAACAGCAAAAAAUAAUUUUAAGAACAUGAUGCCCAAAUCCCCAAGAGGUGGGGUGGGUGAUUUUUGGUCAUUUGGUGGGUCAUGACCCAUUUUGGGGGGUUGGUUGCAAGUUGUUAUUGGUAAUGGUCAGGGAGGAAACUAAGCAAAAGAGGUUAGAUUCAGGGAUCUUUUUCUGAAAAGAUAAAAAAAAAAGGGGGGGGGAUAUAGGAAUGAUGAUAAAAAUGUAGAUUAUUGAAUCUACUUUUAAACUAAAAAGCAACUAUUAAUCUCAAAUAUAUUACAUUGGUAUGGUUUUUUGUAUAUUGGUACAAAUUUAAGGUUAUUUUUGUUUUAACACACUGUAUAUAUGUUUAUACUCUUGUUUAAGGUAUUGUACUUAUGCAGCUCAUUUAAAAAUAUAAAUCUAGUCCUUUAAAGCUAUUAUUAUAAACUAUUUAGGAUAUUUAAGAAAUAUAAGUUAUAGUUAGUCAUCUAUAACAAUCAAACUUAUAGUCAUGUUAGGUAUGUUUUCAAGGUCAAAUAGACAUAUUUUAGAUAGAUGAUCUUUAAACACUUCAGAAAUCUACUGAAUAUGGCAUUUAAGAUUUUUUAAUAACAUAAGACUUUCCAUGACAGUCUUCUCCUGGCAACACUAAACUACUUCAGAGAAGAAGAUGGGCAUCAAAGUACCUCCAUAAGGAGUUUGCUUUCAUUGUGGCAAAGUUAGCCACUGGGCAAGAAACUGCCUGUGCCUUGACUGCUGACAGUAUGCUGUCCAAAUUGGACAAACAGGAUACAAAAGAAGGCAACUACCAAGCUUUGCCAAGACAAGGUUGUAGAUGUAACCAACCGUCUUAUUAAAUAAGAAACACAGAGCCGAUUCAGAGAAGAAAGCCAAGAGGUCAGAGCUAAGAGCCUCACCCUUCCUGAUUCAGCGAUCCUCUUCAGUCAAGAGAGCUCUCUGAAAGGGACCUACUUCCUAUGUGUAUGUCUUUAUAUAGUCUAGCUGUUCUGCCUUCUCAUUGGUUGUAAACCCAAACACGUGACUGCCUCGUCACUGCCUGUAUGUACAGCCCUCCAGGUCCUCUAUGGUAUUGAGAUUAAAGGCAUGUGCCACCGCUGCCAUGCACUUGCUAUGGCUCUAAUAGCUCUGACCCCCAGGCAACUUUAUUUAUUAACAUACAAUUAAAAUCACAUUUCAGUACAAGUAAAAUACCACCACACAAGGUAGGACAGUCCUUCAAAAUUCCUGCUUUCUCAGAGAAGUCUUUCAAAUAUUCUAGGCCUGUAGAUUGAAGAUGGAUGACCCAACAUUGGAAUCUUAGUGACUAUCCAGGCAGCCAGCUCUCUGUGUCACUUCUAUAGUUUUGGAAGUUGUUUGCUCUGCACUUCCUGUUUUCUCAGGUGGUAUUGUAUCCUUCUUGAUGGGGGAUGAAGACUAGAUAAUUAUACGAUUUUCUUUGUUACCAAACUCAGAAAAGAAAUUUACAAAACAGAUAUAAAGCUUGUGAAGUUGAGAGGCAUGAAAGCUUACGUUGUUUACUAAGAAAAUGUUUUAAGAUCUAAAAAGAUGUUUUUAGGCUGGUAAUACAAGUUAGGAUAAAAAAUGAUUUAGGUAGGGCGGCGGUGGCACACGCCUUUAAUCCCAGCACUUGGGAGGCAGAGCUAGGCAGAGCUCUGUGAGUUCGAGGCCAGCCUGGUCUACAGAGUGAGGGCCAGGACAGGCACCAAAACUACAUGCAGAAACCCUCUUGAAAUAAAAAAAAAAAAAAAAAAAAAAAAAAAAAAGAGGAAGAAAUAUAUGGGCUGGAGAGAUGGCUCAGCAGUUAAGAGCACUGGCUGCUCUUCUAGAGGUCCCGAGUUCAAUUCCCAGCACCCACAUGGUGGCUCACAACCAUCUGUAAUGAGAUCUGGCACCCUCUUCUGGCGUGCCAGGCACACAUGCAGGCAGAACAGUGUAUAUAUAACAAACAUAUAAAUCUUUUUUAAAAAAUGAUUUAGGUAUAAAACUUUGGACUCACCAAGAUAGGAUAGAUAAUUUUUUCUUCAAAUUUGUCAAAUAAAAAUGGACUGGACAUUGUAAAUGCAAUUCUUACUUGACAACUAUUCUUAUUGUAUAUAGUUUUACUGUGUUAGACUUAAAACCUUUCCUUUUUAUUUAGACAAAAAGGGGGAAAUAGUGCAGGAUAUUUGACUGCACUGUGACACCGAGACUGUGUUAAUAAAAUUAACUUUGAAUCAGGGCAUGGAGCCAGCAACCAGCAAACCAGAAUUGGCCAUAGAGAAGCCAGGAAUAUGGAUAGAGAAGACACAGAAAGGAAUAGGAAGAGACUUGAAGAUUUCCUGCUUCUUCAAUCUGGGAAGUGUGGAGAGACAGGUGCUUGCUGGGUCUCCAUAAGGGAAGGUCAGCUGGUCACUCCUCCUCUGCUUCUUUGAUCUUUCAGGUUUUCACCCCAAUAUCUUACUCCUGAGUCUUUAUUGGUAAUAGAACAACUUAGAUAAAAACAACAGAUGCUGGGUGGAGGGGAACAGAUAUGGCCCUGGUUAUUCCAAAUACUAUCCUAUUGAGAGGAGGCAGUGGGUGAACUAUUGACCUACUGCAGUGGGGACUAUUUGCUGUCAUCUUUCCUCCAGAGUCCCAUGCCCCCUCUAUCAUAAUUACUAGCUAAUUAAUUGUCUGUGGGCUAUGGAACCCUUGGGUCUCAGCUGAAUUAAUGAGCUGUUUCUCCAUAGGACAGGAGUUCUGGGAUCCCUCUCUGUACCACAUACCAUGUCAGGCUUUCCAUCACCAGAACCACUAGCACAGAUGCUAACUUCUCCACACACUGAAAGAGAAGGCCAUUUGUAAAAACCUUGAUGGUAGAGAUGUAUCUGCCUUCUCUUGAGCUCAUUUGUGCUACAGAAAAACAGUGAACUGUGGUCAUUUACACGACUCUGAUAUUCCCUUAGCUUAAUUGAUUUAAACUUUGCUUCAACGUCUCAUGUUAAGAAGGUGCAGAUAUGUAGAUUUGUGAGGGGUAAUCCUAAGUGUGUAGACAAAUUUUUAACAACCACCUUGGCUAGAGGGAUGCAGAACUUUAGUCUGAAGUAUUUGCUCCAUUUACACGAUGUAAACAUUCCCGGCAAGGAAGAUUCUAGCUAACAAUGGGUUAAUAGCUAACUCACAAAACCUGAAAAUUAUCAAGAGGUGCUAUGAGCUAGCUCUAACUCAUUGCAUAUUCAUGUAGUUAGAAAACUGCCUAGUAGUAAACAUUAACAAGUCUUACUAAUACUAGACAUCUAGCCACCCAUUCAGAACUGAGUAAUCUCCUUAUAUUCAGUCUUCUUCUCGACGUCCAUGUGGGGACUAGGCACCUGUUGAGAAUUUGGUAAUAGGCAAUUGCUAGACAAAGAGGAUAUUCUGUGGUUGAAGGUAAGUAAAACGUUUCUCACCUGUGAAAUAUCAGAUGUGUACCCAAUAACCAAGUCUCAGACUGGAAGGCAAGCAAAUCCAGGGAUUUUGUUUGUUUGCCUUUCC